AUGGAUCGCUUCAGUGAGAUCUCGGUCUCGUCGGAGGCCUCGCUGCAGAUCGUGAGGAGCCACUUUGAGCAGAUCAGUGGCAGUCAGUGGGUGAUGUUGUCCAGAGGCAUGUGCGACUUGGAGACCAGGCGUAUUCUGACCGCCAUGUUUAUCUCGCUGGUCCAAACGCUGUCCGCCAACGUCUUGGGUCUGAUGGUUCCGAGACGCGAGGUGAACAACAGGUUCCUGAGUGAGAGCGAGACGACCCGAGCUCACGGAUCUAUUGUCACUGUGCUGCAGGACACCAUGGGGCAAGUGUUCUCUCAGGCUCUGAAUCUGCCCACGGACUCGUUGGACAAACACCAGGACUCGCAGGAGCUCACCACCCUGAUCGAGCAGGAGGUGUCUGCGAAGGUGAACCGUGUCCUUUCUGAGGAGCAGGAGGAGGGCUCUAUGAUGGUGGACUCCCUCAUCAGCAGCGAGAGUGUGGCUCGCAGCAUGAUCGAGAAGGGAAACUCCUGCCUCAAGAGGUGCCUUUGCUCCUUGUUCUGUUCCUGCGGCCGCCGCACUGCCACAAAGAAGUCGGAAUCUUCGGAAAGUGGGCCGUGCCGCUGCAGCUUCCUCAGAUUCGCCAAAAAGAAUUUCCGAAGCAGCAGAAAAAUCUGGAGGCAGAAUUUUUGGUUGAAGAGAUAG